GACAGCGACGACGAUGACGCCCUGCUCGCCGAACUGGAAGACGAUGAAGACAACGCGGCGCUCUCCUCCCUCCGCGAGCGACGACUCGAACAACUGCACCAAGAAAUGAAGCGCGCCAAGCUGCUCAAAGAAUCGCAGCACGGCACGUACCUCGAGAUCAAGGACGAAAAGCAGCUCAUGGAAAUCACCACGUCGACUAAAUUGUGCGUUGUCCAUUUCAUGAAGCCGGAUUUCAACCGCUGCCGCAUCAUGGAUGGCAAGCUGGCGAGUCUGGCCGAGAAGCAUUACGAGGCUCGCUUUGUGAGCAUCAAUGUUGACAAUGCGCCUUUCCUGGUGGUGAAGCUUGGCAUCCAGGUGCUGCCUUGUGUCAUUUCUUUUGUGGAUGGCGUGGGUGCGGAUCGGAUCGUGGGGUUUGAGGGAGUUGGGCGCAAGGCAGACUCUUUUACGUCUGCAGAGCUGGAGGCGCGGCUACUGGGUGCGGGCGUGCUGGUGCGAGCAAAG